UGCCGGUUGAUGUCUUUGCUCGACACAGUGGGCCGCCGCCUUCUACAUCAUGCUGCACCCCAUGCUGCAGUUGGGCUCGCUCGCCGAGGACCUGCGCCAGGGCUGCAGCUGGCUGGCGCGGGAGCGGCUGGCGCCUUGCAAACGAAUGAAGGAUGCUGCUCGUCCCUAUGAUGGAGCGCAGGCUUGGAGAAGACUCCGCCUCGAGCAGCAAAUGCUCUACGAUGUUUGCAACGCCCACUACGUCGUCUACCAGGAGCGCAUCCUGCUGGUUGUUAUGAACACGCUGAUCACCCCCACGAUCUACCUUGCCAACUCCAUCCUCGAGAUCGUCCGCGGCGACGUGUCGUCAACCACGCUCGCGGCGGCAUUCAUUGGCCUACACUACUUUGCGUACUUUGGAGCGUUCAGCUUCAUAGGUCAGAGGUUUUUCUUUGAGAGCGCCAGAAGUAAGGAAAUUCUUCACGGGUUUCUGGUGCAGGCAGACCCGCGACAAAUCGAAGAGAAUAACGAGGUCAGUAAGUUUAUCACACAGAUCGAGCGUCAGACCAAGUACAGAGUUUGGGGACUGUUUCAAAUCGACACUAACUUCACCUUAGGGGUUCUUCUGGCAGCGACAACCCACGUGGCCUUGCUGUGCCAGGUAGGCGCUUCAUUCUACACUUAACGCACCACCGAUUGCCAAGUGACAGAGGGCAUGCAAAUUGUCUACACUUUGGGGAACUUCAACUUCGCCAUAUUUCGUCGUUCGAACCGUCGCCCGUCACCAUCACCUGCAUGCUGGGGGCCGGCUGCUGAGCUGAGGUGACUUAUCCAGGCAGGCGCUGUCCUUGUCGCUGUUCACUGUUUACAUUCGAGUCGGCGCGGCUGGCGCGGCGUGCGUGGCCGGGCGCACUCACUCAGUCGACGCGUUCCUCGGCGCGACGCGGCGCGGCGCGGGCAGCUCCUCCAGCUGGCUGCUCCGAUCCGGAGCGCUGGUCGCAGCCAACUGGUCGGGGUGGCGGCCGCCCCGCCCGGCCCCGCGUCGCCCCGCCGUUGCACGGCCAGCACGGCAGCGCCACCCCUUGGGGGUGCAUCGCACGGCAGACACCCUCCUCUCCAUUUAGGGGGGUGGGGGUGUAACCCGCAGGGGACCGGCCGCCCCAAGGUGACCUGCCCAGUAUUUCAUCCCCCCUUUGUAAAGUGCCGGGCCUACAAGACCCACCCGUUAACGUUGAUUCAGUACCAAGUAAACUCCAAUUAAAGAGAUGGCCAAAACUUGGAACGUAUUAAGUGUCAUUAAACGUUUUUUGCGGAGAAAA